CUUUUCUCUACCUAUGGGUCAAUGACUAGCCACAGAUCCAGACCUCGAGUGAACCUACAAGUAGUCAAUACCUUUUCAGUCUGAACAGUGAUAAAUUUAUUCGCCAUACAUUACACAACAGAAGCUCGUUCGAGCGCAACUCCCUUCAGCCACCAUGAUCGAAGACGAUUUCUACCGCUCCUCAUCCCAGUUCCGACUUUGGUCUUACACAGAGAAAUCUUUACAAUCCCUACGCGCAACGACAAACGCAAACGCCAGCGAGCGCGUACGAUCAGCACUCCGGAAAUCGCGAGAGGCCCAACAAUCAGCCACCUCAUCUGCAGCAGGAACACCAGCAGCAAACCAGAAUGGAAGCGACGCAGACAGCAAAGCAGGCGGCGAAGAGACGGAGAUCGAAUGCCUAACACCCGAAGAAGAGCACCAGCUGGUGCGAUACUUUUGCGAACAGAUUAUAGAGCUGGGGGAGAUGUACAAACCCCCACUCCCAACAAUAGUCCGGGCCACAGCAAUCCAAUACCUUCGACGCUUCUACCUAACCAACUCCCCAAUGACCUACCACCCGAAAUCAAUCAUGCUCUGCGCUCUCUUCCUCGCCACAAAAACAGACAAUUACUACCUCUCCCUCCGCCAAUUCGCAGAAGUAAUUCCCGGCGGCACAACACCGGAAGACUUAAUCCAGCCCGAAUUCCUGGUCAUGCAAAGCCUCCGCUUCACCUUCGACGUCCGCCACCCCUUCCGCGGCCUCGAAGGCGGCAUCAUGGAACUCCAAGCCAUAUCCCAAGGCAUGGGCCAACCAGCACCCCACUUUCCAACCCAGACACCAGACGACCUCAAACGCAGACUCCAUUCCCUCCCCCCAUCGCCAACAACAUCCUCAUCCUCCAUCACAGACCGACUCGCUCGCGCGCACCACAAUACCCGCGAGAUCCUCAAAUCCGCCGCCCAGAUGACAGACGCUUACUUCCUCUACACGCCGUCCCAGAUCUGGCUUGCGGCAUUCAUGAUCGCGGACAAGCCGCUAGCGGAAUUCUACCUCGAGACUAAGCUGGGCAGACCCCAACAGCAGCAGCAGGGAUCCCCGCUCUACGAACUCCGGACGAAGCUCAUCCGUACCUUAACCGAUUGCUCUAAUCUCCUGCAAGCGUAUAAACCCUUCGCCUCAGAUCCAGACCAGAAGAAGAACUUAAGGCGCAUCCGGAAGAAGCUCUCCCACUGCCAGAACCCAGACAAGGCUGGUGUUGCGGGCCAGAAGCGUAUCCCUGCGGCGGCGGCGGCGGCAGUAGCAGCGGCUGGGGACCCGGCGACAUCUGAGAGUGAGAUGGAACGUCUAGCAAAGAAGCGGAAAUUAGACGGAGAACAGCUGAAGGAUAUCUUUGGAGGUGAAUUAGUGACGCAACGCACAAAGGACGCGCAACAGCCUUAAUAGCAGGUUACGCUACUGCUGUAGAUGUAGAUUAUAGAAGAUAAGUCAUGGUGUUUUGGACUUACUUAU